AUGCCAUCAACACACCCUCAACCCACGCCCCGACCCAAAACCAAACACCCCUCAGCAUCCCACCUCCCCAUCUCCCCAACAACACAAAACCCUCGAGCCAACCUCCACAACUACACCACCACCACCACCACCACCACCAAGCCCACAACAAUAAUCAAACCCAAGAGCACAGCAGAGCAUCAUCCCAAGCCUCACCCCAACCGAACCUCCCACACCCACACCCACCAAAUCACCAUCCCGCCCCGCCACCGCGAGCUCUCCCUCACCGAUAGCGAGAUCAGCAUUCUCGAUUUGGGGCCCAGUCUGCUUGUUCUGGGUGAGGAAGCGGAUGGGAAAGUGCUAGCUCACGGGGUGGAGGGCUUGGAUUUGAAAAUCGAGAGGCGGGGAGGGUCUGGGUCUGGGGCUGGGUCUUUGGAUGGGUAUUGUUGGGAUCGGGGUCAGCUUGCGGGUGAGGAGGGAGGUGGAGAUGUCCGGGGUCCAGGGCGAGGGCAGAUGCAGAUGCAGAUGCCUGUUCUGAGGGGUGAGAAGGGAAGGAAUGAGAAGGGAAAGACGGCGAUGGGCCACCAUGCUCAGCCUUCUGGAAACGGGGAGGGUUGCGGUCUGGGAGGUAUUCUGGGGAUUUAG